AUGCUUACAACUCCUAUAGGAAGAAAGCGCAAGACUGUUUCGUCAACCACUACACCAGCCAUUCGUCAGUACUCGUCCACCAACCAUCAAAGACCAAAAACUUCAAACCUUUCAUCUACCCUUAAACAGCGAUCCGCAUCUGCUGUAAAAAGUAUUCCAUCUGCUGCUGUGGCUUCGCACAAGAAAGCUACCAUGACAAUUGAUAUUGAUAGCGAUCAUUCAGGCUCUGAUUGCAGCAGUGCUAGCAGCACUAGCAGUAGCUUCCACAACUUGAAUUCACCUCUUUUAUCCGACUCGUCUAUAUCCUCUCCUGCCACGUCCCCAUCAUUGCGAUCCCGUAAACAUCAUAUUCUACCCACCUCUCAUUGUAAAAACCAGGACCAGUCCAUGCAUUCUAAACCCUCUUCAAAGAAACCAACUACUUUGCGGAACACUGCUCGGAAGAAUGCAUCUGCUGAUCUGUCCAUAGAUCGCAACCAAACCAAACGACAAUGUGUGCGUAAGCUCAACCAGCCUAUUUGCGGUGGAUGUCCUCGCUCAGUAGAGCCUCAAGACCCAAUGGUUACUUGUUAUACUUGUCUGGUAAGAUUUCAUGGCACUUGUGUGUCGUCCAAGGCUCUUGCCAAGCCUCGCUUCAUCUGUACGGCCUGCAAGCCUCAAAAGAAAAAGACUCCAGUCAAAAAGACUGGCUCCCACUAUGACAGUAGUCUGUUGUCUGCUACUCCUGCUAAUAAAAAAGAAAGUACGGGGGGAAAGGGAAAGGGGAAGAGCUAUGGAACCAUCAUUACUGCAGCCUCUCCGGAACUAGAUCUGCUUGAUGAUGAUAUAUGUCCUGUAUGUGAUGGUGAAUGCACCUGCAAUCCCACUGUAACCCCUCAGCCAUCUAUACCUACCACUUCCCGUCAGUUCUUUGGAGAAAAGACAUUGGCUGCUAUUAAAAAUGCUGUUUCUGCAGACCAAUCCUUCAUGGAUCACAAGCACUAUCUUUCAUCUCACAGGUCUUCAUCUACCAAAUCUUGCAAAAACAACCCACCAUCAAAAUCAUCCAAAAAUGAGGGAAAAGAUGACUCGCUUACACUCUCGGCAGCACCACUUGUUCAUAAGACUGAGUCGAUCGCAGAUGAAGAGCCUGCCAUCGACUUUUUUGAUUUAAAAUCUUGUGUUCCUACAAGCGCUGGGUUGCAACCAACCUGCAAUCGUGAAGAUACUCGGGCUGAUACUAUACCUACUGCUUUGAAUCCAUACUCGGAAAAGUUUGCAGAUCUUGAAACAAUCAGCACAAUAUUUGAAGAUGCAUCGGAUGCUACUGUCACGACAGAUUCGGAUGCACAAUCUGAGCUUGACGAUGAAACGCUUGAUCUUUUCGCCAGUUUGGACUCUUCAGAUGAUGAGUUGAUUAUUGUUGCUAAACAGGAAGUUGACCAGUCCCAUGAUAUUGUCACUUCCUCUAGUGAAGAGCUCGAAUCUGAAUCUGACAAUGAUUUGCUGGAUGUAGACAGUGACUCAUCCGACGAUAUGGAGGUUUAUGAAGAGCCUGAUGAUGAUACAGACGACCAUCAAGCGGAAGAAGAAAUUGUCAAUGAGCUUGUACAGGGAAAUCUCAUCAAUGGGUGGAUAUCAUCCGACGACGAGGAAAGCGAAGAUAGUGCAGAGUUUGAAUUGUUUACGUCUCCUGAUGUACAAAAAAUUGCUAAUGCCUAUGCUCUUUCUGAGCCCAGCUAUGCCGAAUUUAAUCUGGAUGCACUUCCUGCUAUUUCCGAUUCUGAUGAAAUAGAUUUAGUUGCUACUCUUGACGAGACUGCUGCUGGAUGCCUCGAAUCUCGGACGGAACCCCCGCGACUUAAAAUAGAAUCCGAUGAUUUAGAAGCAAAGGAUAUUGAGCACAGCAUUAAAGAAGAGUACAUGAGCAUAUCUGACACUGUAAUUCCUCACUCGGAGCUUUUUGAUGAAGAACUGAUUGACGAAGCCGAAGUUGCUUCUGGCUGUAGUCAAAGUACACAAGGAAUCGCAGCCUUUGGUGAUUCCGCGUCUGGAAACGUAUUGAAUCCCAAAUCAUUUGCUUUCGACAUUCGCAAAUCGUACAUUGGUCCAAACGGUGAAAUUAGAACCUCUACAAAAAGCAUUACAUUGCAAGUACCAGAACAAACUCCUGCUCAAAUUGCAACUGCAGCUAAUGCUGGAAAACGAAAGGGUAAACGCAAGAAUAACGUGUCAUCAUUGAAUGGAGCUAAAUCUACAAGCGCAUCGGCUGCUGAUACUGCGGCUGCAUUGGCUUUGGCUAUUGGUCCGUUUCCGACAAAACGACCCAAUCAACCCAUUUUUGCUCAUCCUGGAAAACCUCUGGCUCAGGCUGCUCCAAAUACUCCGUCCAAUCCUUGGUUGACACUUGCUGCGCUAAAGGCAUCUGCUCUUACAUCAAUACAACAGAAUGCUGCCAAUGCGGCUAAUGCGGCUGCAAAUAAGCUAACACCCGGAUCUGAUUCCAAAGCACCAAUGCAAUCCAACAUGCAGAUCACAUCAGCCUUGACUGCCGCUUUAGCUUCGUCUUUGUUGAAGCAUGGCAAUCUGAACAUGAGUACGAUUGCUGCUGCUGCCGCUGCUAUGGUAUCAAAUCCUGCUGCUCUGUUGGCCUUUUCCGAACUUCGAAAACGAGAAAUGGACUCGUUUCAGACCAAGAUUAAAGCUGCUGCACAGGCUGCUGUAGCUGCUGCUGCUGCCGCCUCACCGUUUUAUCGUGCAAUGGAUGGAUCGCUGAAACUCAAGCAACAGGACACCUCUGCAUCAGCCAGCACCAACUUACGUGGCACAGGAAGUGCAUCUGCCAACCCACUCCCCAAAAACAUUGAGGAUUUAGUGGCAAUGAUGCAUCUUCCUCAGAAUGGUACAGCAACUGAACAGCAUGCUGAUUCUUCAUCCUCAGCUUCCACGUCGACUCAUUCGGUCAUGUCCCCACCUACAGCUUCAUUAUCGACCAGCAUUCCAGAUACACCAAAACUAAAUGACAGUCAGGAUCUCACAUUAAACUCUAUUUUGUUGGAUGAUAUUAUGGACUCGGACAGACUGGAUAGCGGCAAUGACGAAGAUCCCACAUCUUGCUCCGAGUUUGAAAUGGACAUGAUUGCAAAUGGAAGAUCAAAUGCGGGGCUUUCUAGAUGGAAAAAGAUUCCCAUUAGCACAUUUUGGCAUUCUCAACGGCGUAUUCGCAAAGAGCGUCAGCGUCUUAAUAGCAGUAUGGUGAACAAAUUAUCUCCAGGUGUAAAGUCUCCGCUGCUAAAAGCCACCCUGUUUGAUCGCCGGCAUCGUGUUGCUCCUUUGCGUCGCCAUCUUGCAAUGCGUCGUGAAUCUGAUGCUGCCUCCAUGUUUCUUGUAUCACCCGUGUUGGUCCCAACAGGUUACGAAGAAUAUGUGAAACCUGUUUUGGAAGAUCCAAGAACUUUUGAAGAUAUACCUGGCAUGUCCACUUUGCCACCACUUUCAAUCUAA